UUAAACAUAGAGUCUAGAAGGAUAACUGAUCUACGGGCGCCAAGUUUGCUAUAGCUUAAAGUUUAAGAGCUGAUGUAGUAGAGUUUCCUUUUGUCAACUUUUGAUUACACAAAAAGUCUCGUUUAAGUGUCCUAAUUUAUGUAUGUUAACCGAAUCUAGAUCUGCGUAAAAAAAAUGGCUUCCAGUUCCAGGGAUAAUUUUAAAUCUAUGUAUAAAGCUAAACAUAAAGAAGAGAGUUCAACAUCAAGUCGUCGCAAAUCCAGAGGCCUGGAGCGACAAAAACUUCGUGAUGAUGAAGUAAAUAAAAGAAGGCUACUUUCGGUGUCAGAUAUGUCUCCUGUUUUUGAAGAUAAAGAAGAAACAAAAGGAAACCAAGUGAAGGCUUCAAACAGAUUAGAACGAUUGAAACAGUGGAGAGAAGAAAGAAAGAAGAAGCAAGAGGAAGCUAAAAAAAAUGCAAAAAAGCCAAUGUUUAAAGUCACUCAUUUAGAAUAUAAAGAAGAGCUGCAGCUCUUUAACAAGGAGAGAUCAGGUGCAAAAAAUGAGCAGAAAAUUUCUGGCCAACCUGUCGGAUUAUCUUCACAUCCAAUAAAACCUAUUGCUAAAGCAGCUGUUACUCAAAGAAUAGUAUCAAAUAUUAAAGCCAACAAAGUGGAGACUACAAAAGAUACCACUAAAGAAGUAAAUGUUGAAAGAAAAAAUAGAUUGUUAACAAAAGCCACCAAACUUGAAAAUAAAAAAGUAGCAGCACAUAAUGAAAGAACUCGAUCGACUGUGAAAGCUAUUAGACCUUCUGAAAACAAUGUUAAUAUUGAAAGGAAAACUCGAUCAGGGACCAAGGAAACAAAUCUUCUAGAAAAAGUAUCAGCAACAGUAUCUUUAAACAAAAAUAAUUUGGAUAAAGAAAUUGAAACCAAAAACCCAAGGAAAGUAAAAAACCAAACUGCCCAGUACUGUAAACCCACUACUGCUGCUGCUGCCAAGAGCACAAAUGAAAAACACACCAACUUUCUUCGCUCCAAGUCACAUCAAGUAGGAACAAAUAAAUCUAAAGGGAAUACAAAAACUUUGAAAGAGAAAGAGACAGAAGAUAAGGUACCUUCGCUAGAUAACACCCCAUUAAGAAAAAAGUCUGUUAGAUUAAAUGUUGGGGCUGUUGCAGCUUCAAGUGCUUCUGAAAGUGAACAAGAUCUCCAUCUAUCAGAUUCAAAUGUGUCUUUACCAAAGCAUUCAACACCUAGACCUGCCAGAGGGUCAAAUAGAUACAGUUCAGGCUCAAGAAGGAAAUACAAAAAAACACCAGGAAUCAAGACAAAUAAAGCUCGCCUUGGAAGUCAAAAGAAAUCAGUCAGAGAUUUAUCACCAAUAAACAAAAAUUUAAAAAAAAAAAAAGAUAAAUCUGCUAAUUUAGAAAGUGAAGAUUCAACUAAUGAAGAUUCAGAUGUUUCUUCAGAAAACAAGGAAGUUAAUAUUAGCAACAUUUCAGAUAAGGAAAACAUGCAGAUUGCUAGUUCAAGAUUAGUGCGCAGGUCCUCAAAGAGAUCACACAUUAAGGAUUCUAAAGAUCUGUCUGGUGAAAACAGUGGAGUUGAAACUUCACAGAACUUUACUCCAAAAAAGAAAUUGAGUUUAGAAAACUCAUCUACACCAACACAUGGUAGUAGCACCAGAAAAACAAGAAGUCAACUCAAUUUGGGUUUUAAACCUAGCCCUGCUAAACGAUCUCAAUCUGCAAUGGCUAGUCCAGAAAAUGACCAAGAUGCACAAUCUGGAAAGCAUCCAGAAAAAUCUGCUAAACGAGCUAGAUUUACCAACUUAAAGAGCCCAAGUUCAGAUGAGGAAAAUUUAAACAUUAUUUGCCAUGAGGUGCAAGAGCCAGAUCCAGAUUUGCCAAAAGAUGUGGUCCAGAAUGUAUUUGUGACUAGAAAAAGUCUUCGAGUUGCAUCUUUAAUCUCAGAUGACAUGGCAAACAACCCAGAGAAAAAAAGUCUUACUCCUAAGAAACGAAAGUCAAUGCGUGCAGGUACUAGAAAGAGUCGUUCACGAUCUAGGCGCAGCAGUCAGUCAGUCGUGGUGUCAGUGAGUGAUGAAGGAACAAGUGGUGCAUUAGGGGAUAGUAUUGGCCAGAUUCAGUCAGCACCAGAAAAUCACUAUAAAGUUGAGGUUGUGCCUCACAAUACCCCUGGAGGCUCACAUGACAAGUGUAUCAAUUCAGAAUUCAUUGAUGUGAGUGAUGAAGGCACUGCACUGAUAUCUGAGCGUAACCCUUCAGUUGUGUACCAAGUUAUUAAGUCUGAAGGCUCAUCUCGUGCUUUACAAGAACUGACUGUGGCCAAGAUUGAUGGUGAAAUAAGCUUUAUAGAGGUUCCACUUGAGGAAAGUGUCAAUGUUUUACCAAGACUUUCACACAGUUCUGAAGAAAACCAUUCCACUCAGCCAUUUUCACCAACCAAAUCAAAUGAUGUGAGUCAAUCAUCACCAUCUGUUCAUCUUUCACCCAAAGCUGCCUAUUCACAAGUUGUUGCUGACCAGAACUCAGAACUCAUAUCUGCCUCUCAGGAAACUCCUGUUACAUUUCGAACUCUGAGACGCAGGGCUCAUUCAAUUGCCCCUACCUUCAAAACUCCUAGUGCCACUAAAUCUAAAAAAGAAAGACAAAGGCGAAAAACUGAUCAUGUAUUAAAGUCUCCUGAAGAGAUGGUAAAAAUUUUAUCCCAAAGCCCAUUGGUAGAGAUGUCAAGAAGAAGAAGAAAGUCUAAAUUUGUGCUUUCUUCUGAUGAAAAUACUGAAAAUGAGCCGGCAUCUGUUACUAGUGAAGUUGACAACAUAACUCCUAUACAACAGCAGGACAUUGUACAAUUUAAUGAUUUGAAAGUCAAUGAAGAAAAAAUGGAGAGAGUGAACUACUAUAAAAACUUGGUCAAGUCAGAAACUCAAAGACUAAAUGAGCUGGGUGACAAAUGGACAGCAUACUUGCAUCACUCUACAGACGUUGGGGAAGAUGCCCAAGGACAAAUCCGAUCAACAGUGGGAAAAUCUCAGCUUUUAAUUGAUCAGAGGUUCAAACAGUUCACUGGCUUGAUUAAUGACUGUGAGUUCAAUCUAGGAGAGAAAGAGACAACCCCAACUGAUCUUCAAGGAUUCUGGGAGAUGAUUUACUGUCAGGUGGAAGAUGUUGACAAAUUAUUUUCCAACCUGACAGAAUUAGAACAGAACAAUUGGCAGAUCAAGCAGCCAACACCUAAGAAUGUUCCUAAAAAAAAAGUUGUAUCCAGAGCUGCUAAGCCAAAAGUUAAAUCUAAUUUUGCAGCCUUCCGACAAGAGAUGAUGAAACGCAAAGCUAAAGAAACAGUUCUUGAUACCUCUAUUGAUCUGGCAACAGUUGACUCUGAAAAAAAUAAAGUGUUUGAUGCUGGAUUUUUCAAAGUUUCAAGUCCUAUUAGAUCGUACAGUGGUCUGGGCUCCAAAAAAAUAACUCCUGUGAUAGCAGAUACAAAUGAAAACUCAACUCAGCAGACUGACAUCUCUGAGGUUGAAAGCCAGACGUCUAGGAGAGAAAUGAAAAGUAGUGUUACUACUCCGAUGUCACUGAACAACAAAGAAAAUAAAGUGUUAGCCACACCAGUGAACAGACUUGUGUCUGCUAAAAAAAAAAGCUAUGUACCUGCAGUACCCAGCCCAUUGCUAAAUGACAUUACUGGGGUAAGAGCUAAGAAAUCAAAAACACAGUGCCUUGUUUAAUUUAUAGGGUUUCAAUGUUUUUGUUUUUAAAGGAUUAGUUUCUAUUCAGCAAUAUAAACUAUACACACAAAAAAUAUAGUUGAAAAAUGUGUAAACUAUUUGUAUUUGUUUCUUUCAAUCAAAGAAAAAUAUGUUCUAUAAUAAUGUAAAUAUAAUGUGGUACUUAUGCUGAGGUUACCACUCACAUUUUUUUAUAUUGUGUUAUAAUGUGAAACUUUCAUGUUUCUCAUUUUCUUAUUCAUUUUAUCUUAAGUGUGAAACUGCAGAAUAAGUCUACAAUAAGGUGUAUUGAAGAAUCCCAAAUCUGUUCAAUUCCCAAAUAAUGUUUCAUUUGCAUUGUUAUAAUAAUCAGUACAAUUAAAGGAUGCACAAAAACUAAAUUUCCUUAUGCCACAAAAGUACAUUGCAAUGUACAGAUAACUACAUUUAUAUAUAUAUAUUAUUAUAUGUUUAAAAUUUAUUUAAUUUUGACUGCUUCUGUUAGGCCACAUGAAAGUGCAUGUUAUUUUUUAAAAUGUUUCUUGCAAUGUAAUAUUCUGCAGUGCCUUAACUCACAAAAUGCUUCAGUGAACCAAUAAGUUGAAACCAAAUCUUCUUAGUAUUUUUAGUAAUUCUUGUUUAAUUUUCUCCCUUUUUUAAAACAUUAAUUUUUGUAGAUAUAUAACUUUGCAAUAAUUUUAGACCAUUACUCCUGAAAAGAUUUUGAAAUGUUAUAUACCGGUACUGUCCUAUUAAUAGUUAUCUUUGUAUCGAACAUUUUCUUGUUUCCACUUUAUUAAAGAAAACAACAACCUU